AUGGCUUCUAACCGUAAUCCUUACGGAAAUUUAGAUGACGCUUUUGAAACUUAUAUUGACAUGGAUUUCUUGAGAAAUGAUAAAUUAAUGGAGGAUGAAACCAACAACAACAAUAGCAUGUCUACUUCUGAUCUUUUUCAAUAUUUUUUUGAAGGUGAAGAGGGAGCAAAUGAAGCUCCUUCCUAUCAAACUCCGCCUCAUAUUCCAGAGGGCUACGGUUUAAUUUCUAAUGCUAUUAUGGGUGGUGGUGACCCAGUAAAGCUAGCUAAUCCUGUACAAACCAUUGAUAGCAUAAAUUUGCUAACUCAACAAUCUCAAUCUCAACAUUCUCAACCAAUAACUUCUACUACAGUUGAAACUUCUGUUUCAAUUUUGAAUGCACAGUUGGCAGAAUUAUUGUCAAAAUUUCAAAUUAAACAAAAUGUGCCAGAUAACAAAUUAUCUAAUACAACAACUCCUUCUGACAAUGACAUUAGUGCUGCUAAAUCCAUUUCGCAGCACACCACACCAACUACACCAAAAUCAUCAAAAGGCACUAGUAGUGAUAAUCAAAUACAAAUUGAUGACGAUAGUCAAUUAGAUAUUAAAAAAUUAUCAUCAAAAGAACGUCGACAAAUACAGUACAUUCAAAAUCUUGAGUCAAUAAAAAAUCAACAAGAAGAAGAAAUCAAUAUUCUUAAACAAGCUUUAUUACAUUUACAAGAAGAGAAUACACAAUUGAAACAAGAAGUAGAAGAAUUACGUAAAUUGAAUCAACCCAACAAAUCACACAUGACAUCACCACCUUCACCCCCACAUAAUCCUGCUACAUUAGCAUCACCAUUUAAUACCAAUAACAGUAAUGGUAGUUUACAAAUGAUUAAAGGGUCAUCAUCAACGUUAUUUACAAAUACUCAUCAACCAGCCUCUCCGACUUCACAAACGACAAGUCCAAACAUUUGGCAAGAUUCUCGUGUUAGAGUACAAACAACAUUUAUUCCUGAAUUUAAUUUUGAUAAAUAUUU